GUUCCGGGGACCGGUGUCCUCAGUACCGGCUGGUGUCAGCCGAGGCUCCUCGUGAAGUCAGCCCGACCGCGGUCCCUCACCGCCGCGGCUAGAGGCGCUUUGUGUGAGCCGACCACGCUGUCGCCUCUCCACAGCCGGACAGGAAACACAGCACAGAUAGCCAGACGAGUCAUCCGGCAGCGGCACACAUUCGGGUCAGAUUUGGGGCUGAGCAGCAGAGCACAGCUGUGCGAUCGGCGUAACGCCACUGUGAGACCGGUCAUGGCAGUGAUGGCCGUCCUGUGAUGACUCGUGACUGUUUCUGCUCGUGUUCGUGACUUAUCUCGUGACUGUGUUACCCGGGACGCUAGUGCAUACGUGAUAUAUUGAUGACCCUUCAUGGUGGAAGCAGAGGGAUGGUCUCGAUGGCCGCCAUCAUCCCUCUUCUGAGCUCUGUGCUGCUCGCGGUGACCUGGGCCGGUGACCUGCCGGUGACCUCUCCCACCGGAGCGGUGCCAGCCGUGACCUCAGUCGCCCCCGUCACUGAGCCGGCUGAGGACGGGCUGGACUCAGGGAUAGACACAGAAGACACCGGUCCGGCGCUGACCGUCUCCUGUCAGGAUGAGCUGCACUGCCACUGCACACUGAGGAACGGCACCGUGGACAUCCAGUGCCGCUACGGCAACCAGGACGUGGUGUUGCGCUGGAACGUCAUCACACCCCGUCCGGAGCCGGGCACCCGGUUCGAGAUCGACCUGCAGACGCGCGGCACGGUCAGGGUGCUGCCCUCCUUCCUGGACCUGAAGCUGCAGCAGCCGGCCGACGGCAGGCCCUGCGUCAUGUUCAUCGUUAGGGAUGCUACCCUGGUGGACGCGCUCUACGCCAGCGAGAAGACCUUCCCCACCGAGUGGCACCUGGAGCGGGUGAACCUGCGCUCUCUGAACGGCGAGCAGCUCUCGCCGGCGCCACACCCGCUGCUGCUGACGGUCCGUCAGAGUCGGGUGGGUGUGCUGCGCGUGCCGCCACUGCCGGCCGGCUCGCGGCUGACGCUGGACGACUGCCAGGUCAGCGAGGUCACCGGACUUCCGCCGACGCCGGGCGACGUGCCGCCUCUGCCGCCGCCGGAAGGAGCCGCCGGCCGGCCCGAGGUGACCGUGCGGAAGUGCCGCCUGGACACGCUGCGAACAGCUGCCCUCUCCAUAGAGGAUGUGCCGGGACAGAGCCCUCCGUCGCUGCUGUUCACCGAUAACCUGAUUGGCGAGAUGGAGCGGGCCGCCGUCACCGUGCGCAGCUCCUCCUGCCAGCUGGCGUUCGCCGGCAACACCGUCGGCCUCCUCCAGCCAGAGGUGUUCUCUGUGGCCGGCGGCACCCUGCGCAUCUUCAACAACACGCUGCACGUGCCGCACGUGGCCGCCUUCCGCGGCUUCUGCGGCCAAGUCAGCUUCGCCGACAAUGACGUGCGCGUGCCGCCGACCUUCGGCGCGCUGCACUUUGACCCGUGCGCGCGCUACAGCCUGAUGGCCAACACGUUUCAAUGUCCGUGUGACGGCGUCGGCUGGCUGGCCAUGUUCGAGCGCCGGCAGCGGCCCAGUGUGCUGGAGGUGUUCUACGAGCGGCUGCUGCGCGGCUCGUUCUGCCGCACGCCGGCCGGCCCGGUGCCGAUGGCCGAGUUCGCGCAGCUCGAGGACUGCUCCGGCGCCCGGCUGAGGUCCACGCUGGUGCUGGCCACCGCCACGCUGGCAGCCGCCGUGCUGGUGCUGCUUCUGGGGCUGCUGCUGUGCUGGUGCUUCCACCGCAGACGCGGCGUCACCACCACCAAGCUGCAGCAGCCCCGCCUGCGCCGGCCCACGAACCUCUACACCAGCGGGAUCAGCUCCCCGAUCUCCAAACACUCGGCGUCGGCCGCGGGCGCCGGCCGCCCGGUCACCGCUCCCUCCAGCCCCUGCCUCUCGGGGCUCUCCGGCGUGGACGCCCACCAUCUGGGACACUACGUCACCCUGGAGGGUGAAGACGACGACGGCCUGUACGCUACAAUCGUCUACAAGAAGCGGCGUGCGCCCGACCCGCCGCCCGGCUCGACCCCGGGCCCAUGCCGCGCCGCACAGAACAAAGUCCUCAACAGGUGUGUGUCUGAGGGCGGCAUCCGGCUACCCAUCUACGGCAGUCUGCAGAGCCUGCCGCCGAGGAAGCUGUCCGGGGCGGGCGCCGAGCUGCGCGGCGCCGAGAAGCCGCCCGAGGGAAUCGCCGAGGAGGGGGAGAACCCUUACCUGGUGCCGGACGGCACGGCCAGCGACUACACGGAGGUGCCGCCGCAGCUCUACGAGGAGGUCUUACCGGUGGCCGGGCCCGCCCGCUCUGGAUGGGCCGCGCCGCACCAGGGCAAGCCCAGCAAGGACUCGGGCAUCGGGGACGACUUGUAUCUGGAGACGCUGCCUCAGGAGGCGGCGGCCAACCUCAGCGCGGACGUCUACAGCCCGCCGGUGCAGCCGAGAAGGGACUGAACAGGAGCACUCGAGCAGACAGACUGCUUUUCGGUGAUGAUGGCCAUCGAGGUCAGAGGUCAGGUCAGCCAGGGACGAGAGAUAGAGAGUUAGGCUUGUCCGGCAGUCAGUGGUGAAACUCGGCAGUGGAUGGAAGUUGAAAUGAUCCGAGCAGAAGCCACGUGGAAAAGACGAACGUUGUUUGCACAGUGCUGGACAAGACAGGGAACUAUCGCAGUGAAUACAGCUUCCAGCCUGAUAGCUCUGUUCAUAAUGGCAUGUGGCAAGCGCGGUCAGUUUUCACCCUACCAGUUUGUAGGUGUGGAAUAUACAGAAUGUAGAAUAUUACCGGCCAUAUUCCUUGCCAUAGUAGUUUUUUGUUGCCUGAUUACCGGCCACACCCAGCUUAUUUUUAUGGUUAACAGGGAAGAACGAGGAAUGGAAGCUGCAACAUUCCUGCUUGUGAUAUUAGGUAUGACAUAAGCGAUCGACUCAUUAGAUACAAAGUGUGCGAAGUGCAGGGUCACCGAUGUGACAUGCAAUGCAAAUUGACCUACUUUGUCAUGCCCCGUAGUCGAUGGCUAAGGCCUCUGCAUAUUGAUAUUACAUAAUCUGUAGAUACUCUUUGUGAAUGUGGUGUAUGCUCACAUGAUUUCAUUUAUUUCCUCUUCUCAGAUCCUCAAUCAUAGACAGACCUAUGAGCACCAAAUGGACCGUGCCUGAGGAAAUACAGUUAUGCUUGCUGUGGUGAUUUGAGGUCCUAACACUGCCAUUGAGGAUCUCGAGCAGUACUGAUUUCAGAUAUACACCGUUUUGAAUAUGAUUUGCUUAUAUGUAGGUAUAUUGUACAUAUAUAGUACGCAUCGUGCACCUUAUACAUUGUAUGACAUUAGAAAUGUCACGUCUGUGUUUUUUUUUUUUGCUAGUUAGAAACCGUCAUAAAACGUAACUCAAGUAAAUAACUAGCACCAAUGUCCGAGAAGUCAAGAAGUGAUUCCGCUGUAAGUGUAAAUAAACGUUUUGCUAUCAUC